UUCACACCUAAUGGACAAUGAAGAUUGAAUGACGCAAAUAGCGCUAAUAGUGUCUUCCCGAAUGCAACCUUAAUCAUCUUUUUGCCAUGUGAUUUUAUAAGGCUUGACAUCUCGACAGAUCACUCAAAUGAGGCGAAUGUGUUUCGUCUUGACACGAAUGUUGCAUCAUCUCGGAAUUUUUUGAAAAGUAUUGCCGACUUCAAUUGAGCAAUCGUAUUUUUCAUUUCUGUAAACUCUUCAUUCAGUCAUAGGUGCCUAGUGUCUGGAGAAUAGUAUUAUUGUCAUCAAUUGUCAUUUCUGACUGUAUUACAUCAUCCAUUUAAGGAUUUUUUUGUUUAUGGUGAUCGGUGCAUCGUGUUUAUUUAUUAUAAAUUCUAUUUUUCGACAUUCGAAUAUCAGUGGUCCAGUCUCAGCCGAUUUAUCUAUCGGUUGUGAAGCCAUUCAAAGAGGAAGAUGAUAUAUUAAUUUCCUCGUGCAUAUAUGCUAUACAUUGCCAUAGUUGUCAUUAUGACAUGAUAUGAACUCGUAGUUUGUUUUGAUCGCUUUUUUCCAAGGACUCCAAGAGAUGUGGCUAAGAGUCGAUUAUUAGAUCCUGUCGCUCAGAAAUAAUGAAUUCGUCAACGCAAAGCAGUGGCGAAAAUAAUGACAGAAUCGAUGUUUAUGAUGAGGACGAUGAAGAAAGGCUGAUCAAGCCAAGGAAUAAUUUUGCAUCAUAUUCAAACGAGGAUAUCGACGUGCGAUUCCGGCCUAGAAGUAUUGACUUUAUUGUGUCAACACAGAGCAUCGCCAACAUUAACAUAACAUGCAGUGAUAUAGAGGCUAUCUCGGGUCAAUCCAAAAGAUUACAUAUCAGGGAUAUAAUCCCAGGAACGACUAAUUUCUUAUCAACUAAUUAUGAGAGUUUGGAUUAUGACCCUUGUGAAAAUUAUCUUCUACAAGAUGAAGAGAGGAAGAAAGGAUACAAAUUUAUCGUUAGAAAGAAUUUCGCCAGAUGGUUUAUCUUUCUCUUAAUCGGAAUUUGUACUGCUCUCAUAGCGUGCUUUGUAGAUGUACUAAUAGAGGAAUUAUCCAGCCUAAAAUAUGGCUGGCUUAAGAAAUAUGUGGACCAGUGUGUGAUGGAAGGUUGCCUUUGGUUACCAUACAUGAUGUGGUUAGUGCUAAAUGUAGUACCAGUUUUCAUAGGUGCUGUCUUAGUAUCCUAUAUUGAACCUGUUGCUGCAGGAAGUGGUAUUCCACAAGUGAAAUGUUAUUUAAAUGGAGUCAAAAUACCGCAAGUUGUACGUAUUAAAACUCUGGCUGUGAAAAUUAUUGGUGUUAUAUGCACUGUAGUCGGAGGCUUAGCAGGAGGCAAGGAAGGUCCUAUGAUCCAUUCUGGUGCUGUCGUAGCCGCAGGGAUUUCUCAGGGUAAAAGUACUACUUUUAAGAAAGACUUGAAAAUAUUUGAAUACUUUAGAGAGGAUCAUGAGAAACGAGAGUUUGUGUCCGGAGGUGCUGCAUCUGGAGUAUCAGCGGCUUUCGGAGCACCCAUCGGUGGAGUCUUGUUCAGUAUAGAAGAGGGUACUAGCUUUUUCAAUCAAAGCCUUACAUGGAGAACUUUCUUCGCCAGCAUGAUUACUACGUUCACUUUAAAUGUGAUCUUGAGCGCUUACCACGGACAUCCUGGAGAUCUUUCGUAUCCCGGCUUGUUGAAUCUAGGAAAAUUCAACUCGAUUCCAUAUGAAAUCUACGAGAUACCUCUGUUCAUGCUAAUGGGCACGUUUGGCGGAUUACUCGGUGCUUUUUGGAAUCACGUGAAUUAUAAGAUUACUUGCUUUCGUUUGCGAUUUGUGACACGAAAGUGGGAAAAAGUCAUUGAGGCUCUUCUGGUGGCGAUAUUAAGCGCAACGAUGGGAUCUCUAAUGAUAUAUUUUGUCAAUGACUGUAAACCGUUGGGUAAUGAUCCCACCAAGUUUCCAGUUCAAAUGUAUUGCGCAGAGGGGCAAUACAAUGCGGUCGCCUCUUUAUGGUUUCAAACUCCAGAAAGCAGUGUACGAUCCUUAUUUCACGAUCCUAAAGGAGCUCACAAUGAUCUGACGCUAGCUAUCUUUGUUGUAUUAUAUUUUUUUCUUGCUGCCACGACUUUCGGCCUAUCAAUGUCAAGUGGCCUUUUCAUUCCCUCUCUAUUGAUUGGAUCUGCUUGGGGUAGAUUAAUUGGAUCAGCUCUCGCGAAGCUGUGUCCAUAUUGCGAAGUAUUAGAUCCUGGCAAGUAUGCUUUACUAGGUGCUGCCGCGCAAUUAGGAGGAGUAGUUAGAAUGACUAUAAGUUUAACUGCAAUCUUAAUAGAAGCAACUCAGGGAAUAUAUUUUGGUUUGCCUGUUAUAAUAGUUCUUAUAAUGGCAAAGUGGAUUGGCGAUUUCUUUAAUGAGGGAAUUUAUGAUAUUCAUAUACAAAUAGCAGGAAUUCCGUUGCUUCCAUGGGAGCCGCCUCCGCUCUCGAAUAAUAUUUAUGCAACUGAGAUAAUGAGUCAUCCUGUCGUGACUUUGAAAACUGUCGAAAAUGUCGGACAUAUUGUCGAACUUUUGAAAUGCGUUACAUUCAAUGGAUUUCCGGUAGUUGACCCACCAAGUAGCGAUCAGGCCGAGAUAAAUUCGUACGGUCGACUCCGAGGUCUAAUAUUACGUUCUCAAUUAAUAGUACUUUUAAAAAAUAAGGUAUUUAACGAAUAUGAAGAAUUUUGGGAGAGACCUUUAAGUAUAAAUAUGUUUAGAAAUGAGUAUCCUAGGUAUCCAACCAUCGAGCAAGUCGCCAUCACUGAUGAAGAAAAAACUUACACAAUUGAUUUGAGACACUUUAUGAAUCCUUCUCCUUAUACAGUACAACACUCUGCCACACUGCCAAGAACAUUCAGACUCUUUAGAGCGUUAGGAUUACGUCAUGUACCGGUAGUAAAUGAUAUCAACGAGGUAAUUGGUAUUAUCACUCGAAAAGAUGUUGCUAGAUUCAGGAUAUGGAGGCAUCGUGGAAAAAUGGGAUUGGAUGAACUUUUAAUCACUAACAAAAUUUAA